CAACGUCGACUACUUUCGAGGUAGUCGCAAUCAUGCCACCAACCGGGCGUAAAAGCUCGCGUUUCCCGUACUGCUAAAAGUGUGCUGUGCUUGUGUCUCUUUCUUUCUUACGGUGUAAUAGAAAAUUUGUAUGGGGCACGUUGCCCAAGUGUAAGGGAAAAGCAAACAGCGGUGGUUGGAAGGGUGAACGCUAAGGACGAGAAACGAAACGGAAAGAGAUGCAUGACGACUGUGCUCCAGUACGACGACUACUAUAUACGAACUACCGAGAACGAUAAAACAUAACGACAAGAAAACGAAGGGAACAGGAAAAACUUGAGCUUAACAGGGGUUCUGCUAUUAUGGAUGGAGAUUAUUAAAUGAACUGGAAAAAAAAAGGGAAACUAAGGGGUAAACUCGUAUAGAGAGUAGAAUGGGAUUUUGAGAAUAAAGCAAAUGAAACGAAUUCCACAGAAUUUGACGAAAGGAACUUGAAAGACUCGGUUUUUCCAUGCCACAACGACGUGGAGGAAAACACGCUGCUACUGAUGCUGUUGUUGCUGUUGCUGCUGCUGUUGAUGCUGACGCAGAUAGCGCAGUCGAGCUCGAGGAUGGAAGAAGAAAGUUUCGCGAAGAGGAGCAGGAGCAGGAGCAGCAGCAGCAGCAGCAGCCGCCGCAUAAUAAGCAGCAGCAGCAGCAGCCGCCGCAUAAGCAGCAGCAGCAGCAUCAGAGGAGCAUCAGCAGCAUCGAGCUUCUCUGGUCGCUAAUAGACUGA